CCGAAAUGACGAGGCUGACCUCUUCCAUUCCAAGUAAUAACUACUUUGAAUAUCAAAAUCAAACCACCCUGUCCAGGUUUCUCUAUGUCUUCGACUUUGAAAUGCCACUCUCUCUGUUUUUCUCAACCACCUCGGAUCUUGUCCCGCUACUGAAUCACCUGUCGAUCUGUUCGCAUCAAAUGGUACAGUCUUGAACUCUCAGCAUCGCCCGAUGCGCUACUUGAAUCUCCAUGCUUUCCCUGCCGUUAAUAUUGGAAGCAUUGCGCGAAUGCAAUGUUUCUGCAUUCAAGUUCAUUGCUUUCUGAGAUUUGGUUCACGCCCAUCUGAUAUUUCGGCCGGUUUCUUGCUGGGUUAUGAUUAAAUAGUAAUACGAGGCAUUGAGAGAUUCAUCUAGCUUUGAGUUUAUGGGGGGAUCUUGCGGAUUUGUUAUCAGAAUGUCAAAUUUGGAUUUUUGAUUACAUUUCUACUUCGAUUUGGCGAUGAUUUUGUGCGUUGAAUGGACAGUAGUGCUAUUGCAAUGUUAGGCUAAUGGUGUUUGAUGGAAUGGAACUUACUGGAUCGAUUGAUGCAUCUAAGUCCUUCGAGGAAAAGUGGUUUACGGGAUGCUUGUAUGCUAACAGCGUUUCCUAUGGCAAGAGUGUCUAUUGAAUCUUGGUUCUAUGGCUUUGUAAGAUAAUGCAUACUUUCAACAGAAGUGCUUCCUUGAACCGCAGGGCCUUGACUAUUGGAAGCCCAAGAGUUGGCCGACCCACUGUGGUUUCUCGGCACUAUCAUGUGCCUAUUGUGAUUGGGUUUCUGUUUACUUUCCUGUUGGCCAUUUCUGCCAGCUAUAUUUUCGUGGUUCCUAGUCUGAAGCAUACUUUCAAUGGUGACACUAGUUCCCAGAGUAACGUGUCGAUGAGUCUUUGCGAUGUUUCUGAUGGGGGUUGGAUUCAGGAUGAUAGCUAUCCAUUGUACAAUGCUUCGGAAUGUCCUUUCGCUGAGCAAGGAUUCAAUUGCUUGGGUAAUGGUAGGACAGAUGAUCAAUAUCUUAAGUGGAGGUGGAAGCCCAAGAACUGUGACGUUCCGAAAUUUGAUGUGCAUGCCGUACUUGAGUGGCUGAGAAACAGAAGGCUUGUCUUUGUCGGUGAUUCGAUGAGCAGGUCACAGUGGGAGUCAUUGAUAUGUUUGCUCAUGACUGGAGUGGAGGAUAAGAAGACUGUGUAUGAAUUAAAUGGGAGUAAGAUCACAAAGCGGAUCAGAUUCUUAGGUGUUCGCUUUAGUUCCUUCAACUUCACCGUUGAAUUCUUUCGGUCUGUAUUCCUGGUGCAACAUGGUUGGAUGCCUAGGUAUGCACCAAGAAGGGUCAGAUCAACGCUUAAAUUGGACAAACUUGAUGAUAUUAGUAGUCAUUGGGUGGAUACAGAUGUUCUAAUUUUCAACACGGGGCAGUGGUGGGUGCCAGGGAAGCUCUUUGAAACGGGUUGUUAUUUCCAGGUCGGAAGUUCAUUAAAGCUUGGAAUGUCAAUUCCUGGUGCUUUCAGAGUAGCACUUGACACUUGGGCAUCGUGGGUCGAGAGAACAAUUGACAGAAAACGAACAAGCGUCUUCUUCAGGACUUUUGAACCAUCUCAUUGGAGUGACCAAAGAAGUAGAUCUUGCAACGUGACUCAGUACCCCAUCCUGGAAGCUAGCAGGAGAGACCAACAUGUAUUCGCAGACAUUGCGGAGGAGGUGGUGAAGAACAUGAGCUUUCCUAUUACCCUUUUGCGCAUUACAUCGCUGUCAGCUUUCAGAAUUGAUGCACAUGUGGGCAAUUGGAGUGAUAACCCAUCUCUGCCCGACUGUAGCCAUUGGUGUCUUCCGGGAUUACCUGAUAUGUGGAAUGAAAUUCUUCUUUAUUACAUUCUUACUAACCAUGAAUCGCCUCUGUAGAGAGUGGCACCAGGGGAUUGAAGAAGAGAAUAUAUAGCUCCACAGUUUAUGAGAGCAAUUGCUACAUUCUUCAACCCUUAAAGAGCUGGAGUAAUCAAGUUUUAUUGAUCUGUCUGCAUUGAUCUCUCCUUGCUGAUUGUUUUGGCACAAUGCCUGAUACUUUUGGCAAGUCUCCGAGUAAAUCCAGAUGCCUUGGAGAAUGAUAGAGCUUCUCAAGUAAGAGCAGAUAGUGACACGAACCGAUUUUUUUUCAUUCUUUCUGGAAUUCUUUAGUUUUUUUGUCAAAGAGGUCAAAAUCAUCUCUCAGAUGUAACAAUAAUUUUUAUUGUCUGUUACACUGUAUUUUACAAACAACUACACAAUUUUGUUUCCAACAAAGAGGAAAGAAGUGGUAUAAAGGUCCAAACAGCUUGAUUUCUG